AUGCCUGCCAACGCAUGCAAAACGAUGCCAGUGGCUGUGAUGCCUUCUUUCGAUCUAGAUCGGCAGCAAAACCUCUUGAACUCUUUGAAAUUCAGCCAGAUUGAUCUACGCCGCUUAAGCUGUCAGCAAAACCACGCAACAACAUGCCGAUGGCUUUUAACACACCCUGAAUACAUCGACUGGCUAAAUCCAAAAAAAGCACUCGAACACUGUGACCUUCUAUGGCUUAGGGGACGCCCUGGUACUGGCAAGUCGACGAUUAUGAAAUUUGCCUGUGGAGAAGCGAUGGAUGAUGAAGAGAAGACAACUUUAUCCUUCUUCUUUAGCGCACGCGGCGAGAAUUUAGAGCGCUCAGCUCCUGGGAUGCUUCGGUCUCUCCUAUUCCAGCUACUCAAGGUGCUACCCAUUCUCCUCAAGGUAUUUGACGAGCCAGACCACAAAGCUUCGCUGGAGGAAGUUCACAGAGCUAUUCUGAGUCACCAAAAUCCUGUGUGGAAGCUCAAGGUACUCCAGGAUUUGCUACGAAGCGCACUGGCGAAGCUCGGCCAAAUCCCGCUGAUAAUAUUUGUCGAUGCUCUUGACGAAUGCGCUCCUACUCAAGUGGAAGAACUAGUAGUGUACUUUGAAGCCGCUACUACCCGCAUAUUGAUAUCCACAAAAGUUCAAGCCAUGGCAAGGGGCUGCUUCGCGUGGGUCGUUCCGGUCGUCGCAAUUCUAAAUGCAGAUUACCAAGCUGGCCGACGAAUUCUUGAUAUAAAGAUGCGACUCGCGGGCUUACCAGCCGAGUUGGACGAUCUUUUGACCCUAACGACGCUUCUAACCACGCCACAGAACAAACAGUCCGUAGCGGCUGCGCGAUACACGGACUCAGGAUAUAUGUCCGUGUCUGCGAUCGAGUUCGAUAAAUCGAGGAAGCAUGGCUAUCAGACUGCUACAGAGUCUGUCCCGGCGCCGGAUGGGCAAGAUUUUGACGACACGGCAACUGAGUAUUCGGACGCGUCGAGCGCGGCAUUCUCGAUGGAGGAGGACUACAUCAGGGCACUGGCAGAUGACUUAUUCAGGAAGAUCGCCUCGUUGAAUGCGAAGGAGGAGCCUCAUAUGAGGGCCUCGAUGAUUCUACCUGAGCUCCUCCAGGCCUUUGCAUUGAAGGUUGGGCAUGAUGCCCCGACGCCGAUGCAUCUGGAUGUUAUGACUUUUGUGCAUAAACAUAGACACGAGAUCGUUACAGCCUUUACCAAAAUCAGUUCCAAGCAGGAUGAUGAUCCCGAAGUAAACACAACUAACUCGAAUUGCAUGAACUUACAAGAACGCAUGAGCCUUUGGGAGAGGAAUGAUAACUUCGAAGGGAUCCCACUCGAGGAAAAGCUAGAAGGCCUUGACCCCGAAGACAUCGAUACCCAGACUGAGGAUGAGGAGACCUAUGGUGAAACAGUACUUGAUAAUCGGCUUCUUGCCUACCGGGAGUUUAUCCCCAGUACUGAGGCUUACGAAUGGCUGCUAACUCGACUGUUGAGGGAGUGCCGCCUUGUUCCGACGGAACCGAAUACCAUUCAAGUGAUCCGAAGGGAUGUGAUGGUUCAGCUGGUGAAAGAGGUUCUCCGGAGCGCAGAGGGCCAUUUGCAUAUGUGCAAAUUGCCAGACGGUACAGCACUGACCGCAUAUAUCAGCGGCUCGAAAUUUGUGGUGGAAGCUUAUGGGAUCGUAGUUUCCAUCGCAGAGACUGGAGAACAGCUUGCCUGGCUUGGGGCUGCUUUGCGAACUUCGCCGCGACAGAGCGGGCUCGUUCAUUGCAUACCAAUGAUCUCUACUAUCCGGACUGAUGUGGCUGAGUGCCGUUCCGAAGGAUGCCAGACAUCAGCAGUUGAUUACAUCUGCUCGAUGGCAUUCACAAUGGUAGAAGUCCCGCAGCCUCUCAACACUACCAAUGGUCAGUGCUGGCACGACAUUUUCAAGAAUCCGGUCGUCGUGAGAGGGUAUCCCAUCCCUAAAAGAACCCAGUGGAGUACCGGCUUAGAGAUUUCUCUUAACAUCAUGGCGGGCCUCGCUCAGACUCAACGAGUGGAUCGGUUUGACGACAAGGUCUACAUUAAAGGCUUUUCAACGCUGUUGAUUCCGACCUGGCUCAAUGACGAUAUUAUUUGCUGGCAUUUGGUUUACAACAAGGACGGAGGUCGGAUAUCCUAUCUAGAUGGAGAUCUAGACCAGGAACAGCGCAUUGCGCGCUUGAAUCCAGAAGACUUUCGCCAUGUGCUUGGGUGGUGCUCAGAAGCCAACGUGUUUGCCGGUUCAAAGCUAGCAGAUCAAACCCCAGUCGGUCACUCGAGGCUUCCCAAACCUCACGCAGGAUGUGUCCUCGCCAAUAAAUCCGUUUCUGAGGGGAAGAUCAUCUCCAGCGGCCCUGCCUUCAACUUGGGUGCUAAAGACAAGCCUAUUCGGGUGUCUCGCAGUGGCUACAUCCCCCGGCUCCAGUGGAUGGCCACCAAGUUUGUGCUCUUAUGGGACGAGAGCGACAAACGAGGCUGGCUCAUAAACGGCACGAGUGCUCUAUUACAUGUUGUACGGGCAUCUUUGGCGCAUGACAAACGUGGUGAUUUCUCAUCUGCGUUUCUCUUCGAAAGUCUUCAAGAAUCGGACAAGCCAGGCAAGGCCAACUCCGCCAUUCACGUACUCAUCAACCGCAGCAACCUGGACCUCAGGUUGUACCGUGAGAAAAAUGGAUAUCUUCUCCUCGAGAGCCGGAUCGAAUCUUUUUGCAACAUUUUGGAGAAACUCAUCGAUCAACAGGCCAAGAUAGCCAGAGACCCUGGCAUAAAAUGGAGUGACAAGUCGCGGAAGUAUCUUGAGGGCUGGGAAUUCGAAGACUUGGCGAGAAGGCGUGACCCAUUACACCCGCGUGUGGCCACUCUCAAGGCCGCCGGUAAAGCAUGGGUUGACUUCACAAGGGCUAUUCAGGCUGUCACGUUAGUUGGGAGUGGGUUUGGCGAUAUUAUCCAACCAGCUGUUGCGGAUUUCUGCCAACACUGGGCCAAAUUGCCAACGAAGCAAUACUAUAUCGCAAGUUGCCUCUUUGAUCUGAGCGAGGUAAUCAAAGAGCAUGGUAAUCGUACUGACGGCCAUGUUCGACUGGGUGAUAAUCUGAUAUGGCAUACUCCGACAACUAUGUUCGGGACCUGUCGAUGCGGGAGAGAUGCCUUUGGCCAGGACCAUUGCGAGCCAGUACAAACAUUUUUCCCAUCAGCACUUUCUGGUACGUUGGGUCCCCGAAGACACAUAUAUAAAGAAAAGUGUGCAAAUGACGGAGCUCUCAUCUUCGGCCAUAAUUCGCAUUUCUCCUGGGUCUGGGGGGACAUUGGCCAUCCGCAAGAGGGUGGUCUUGAAGAAGCGCUUCUCAAAGAUGCGAUCCCUCCUUCCAGGUUAGCCAAAGUCAGCUCAGAUUCGUUCCACGACAGCGGUAUUGGCUCGACUUUGUCUGAAGGGCUAGACUCAUCUUCAGGAGCUUCUUUCGUGAAGUCUCCAAACUACCCUCAGAACGACACCGAUGUGCCAGAAUCUGCAGCUUCUAUCGACGGCGAACGGUACAUCCUUAGACAAUACACCGUAGGAAUCCUCUGCGCUCUGCCGAAAGAGCUCAUGGCUGUCCGGGCGCUCUUUGAUCGCAAGCACGUCAGCCUCGAAGUGCCACUAGACGACAGCAACCAAUACGCGCUCGGCCAGAUGGCGCAGCAUAUGGUCGUCACGGCGUGUCUCCCGGCCGGUGAGUACGGUACCAACUCGGCCGCAACAGUAGCGUCCAACAUGGUGCGCAGCUUCCCAUGCAUCCGGUUCUGCCUCCUAGUUGGCAUCGGCGGCGGCGCGCCCUCAGAGAAGAAUGACAUCCGUCUUGGCGACGUGGUCGUCAGCCUACCCAGUGCGCCCGCCGCGCGUCUUAACCACCGCCAUCAGCGCCCUGCGUUCGGAUCCAAACCUGCGUUCCGACCCGCUGGGCCCGCACCUUCGAAAAAUCGCCGCCGGCCUGUCUGA